CAUCCAGAUGGAACGCCAUUUGCUUGGUGGGUUGGCCGUGCCAAUGAAAAGCAUCUUUACUGGGGAGGAUCUCUUCCGGGCAUUCAACAGUGUGCAUGUGGACUGGAAGAAAGUUGUCUGGAUAUGAGAUAUUUUUGCAACUGUGAUGCAGAUAGAGAAGAAUGGACAAAUGAUACCGGCCUCCUUGCUUUCAAAGACCAUUUGCCUGUAACUCAGAUAGUGAUCACUGACACAAACAGAUCAAAUUCUGAGGCUGCUUGGAAAAUCGGCCCUUUGCGUUGCUAUGGAGACAGGCAGUUCUGGAACGCUGCUUCCUUCAAUACAGAGGCCUCCUACCUGCACUUUCCCACCUUCCAUGCCGAGGUCAGCGCAGACAUCUCCUUCUUCUUCAAAACUACAGCUGUCUCUGGGGUAUUCUUGGAAAAUCUUGGAAUGAAAGACUUCAUACGAGUUGAAAUAAGCUCUCCCAAAGAGAUCACCUUCUCCAUAGAUGUUGGGAAUGGCCCCACAGAAGCCACCGUGCAGUCUCCCACACCCCUGAAUGACAACCAGUGGCACUAUGUCCGAGCAGAGAGGAACCUCAAGCAAACCUCUCUCCAGGUGGACAGCCUCCCCAAGAAGGUCCUGGAGGCACCUGCUGAGGGGCACUUCCGACUGCAGCUUAACAGCCAGUUAUUUGUAGGGGGAACAGCUUCUAGACAAAACGGCUUUCUGGGAUGCAUCCGAUCUCUGCGUCUAAAUGGACAGAAACUUGACCUUGAAGAGCGAGCUAAAAUGACACCUGGUGUUAAACCUGGAUGUCCAGGACAUUGUAGCAGUUAUGGUAACCUGUGCCACAAUGGAGGAAAAUGUGUGGAGAAGUAUAACGGUUACGCCUGUGAUUGUACCAACUCAGCCUAUGAAGGACCUUUCUGCAAAGAAGAGGUUUCUGCAUUAUUUGAAGCUGGCACUUCCAUUACCUAUAUUUUCCAAGAACCUUAUCCUGUGACAAAAAAUGCAAGCACCUCAAGCUCUGCCAUUUAUGUGGAUGCUGUCAUGUCAAAGGAAAAUAUUGCAUUUAGCUUUCUCACAGCACAUACUCCAAGCCUUCUGCUGUACAUCAACACCUACUUUCAUGAAUAUUUGGCUGUGAUUCUCUCCAAGAAUGGAAGUUUACAGGUCCGGUACAAGCUGAGUAAGGAUGGGCUUCUCAUUUUCACCAUUGACUCUGGAAAUUUUGCCAACAGAGAGCUGCACCAUGUGAAGAUUAACAGAGAAGGCAGAGAGCUCAUAAUUCAGGUUGAUCAAGUUCUCAAACUCAAACACAACUUUUCUGAGAUUGACUUUAAGGCCAUCAAAUCACUUACCUUGGGCAAGGUCACAGAUACUUUGUCACUGGACCCUGAAGUCUCAAAGGCAAAUGUCUACGGUUUCACUGGCUGCCUGUCCUCUGUUCAGUACAAUCAUGUUGCUCCCCUGAAAGCUGCCUUACGCCAUCCCAGCAUUGCUCCUGUGGCUGUCAAAGGCUCCUUGACUGAAUCCAGCUGUGCAUCCAUAAUGGAAGCUGAUGUUAACACAGUAACUACAAUAUAUUCCUCGUCAGAUCCAUUUGGGAAGACAGAUGAAAGAGAGCGUCUCACCAAUGCAGUCAGAAGUGAUUCAGCUGUGAUUGGAGGUGUAAUAGCAGUUGUGAUAUUCAUCAUCUUUUGCAUCAUUGCUAUCAUGAGCAGAUUCCUCUAUCAGCACAAACAAGCACAUCGAAGCAACCAGACAAAGGAGAAGGAAUACCCAGAAAACCUCGAGAGCUCUUUUAAAGCUGACAUUGACUUGCAGAACACAGUGAGCGAGUGCAAACGGGAAUAUUUCAUCUGA